CGCUGAGCUUCCGUGCUCCCCACAGCUUUGACAACUACUCUGCCAAUGUAAUGGUGGACAGCAAGCCCGUCAACCUGGGCCUGUGGGAUACAGCUGGACAGGAGGACUACGACCGGCUGCGCCCACUGUCCUACCCACAGACGGAUGUUUUCCUCAUCUGUUUCUCCCUCGUGAGUCCAGCGUCCUACGAGAACGUCAGAGCUAAGUGGUACCCAGAGGUUCGCCACCACUGCCCCUCCACUCCCAUUAUCCUGGUGGGAACCAAGCUGGAUCUGAGGGACGAGAAGGAAACCAUUGAGAAGCUGAAGGAGAAGAAGCUGUCACCGAUCACCUACCCCCAGGGCCUCGCUCUGGCUAAGGAGAUAGACGCAGUGAAGUACCUGGAGUGCUCAGCUCUGACCCAGCGUGGUCUGAAGACCGUGUUUGAUGAGGCCAUUCGUGCCGUGCUCUGCCCACAGCCCACCAAAGUCAAGAAGAAGGGCUGCAUCCUGCUGUGAACGACCCAGGACCAGAACCUCUAAACCUCUGACCCCGUGGUGAAAGACGACUCAAAUGUUUCCUGAUAGUUUGAAAUAAAACAGUGUUUAGUUCUAAAUCUACAGCUGAAAGUCUGAACAAAAAAAAACCCUUUG